UGGGUGGGAAGGCAGGAGGAGGAGGAGGGAGAAGAACGAGCGAAGAAAGGACAGAAAGGGAUGGAAGCACUACCGAAAAGGCGACGAGGCGCGACGACGGAGAACCGUAGCGGCCGGCAAGCGAGGCGGCGCACGAGCGUGGAGAAUUUGCCAACGAGACACUCAACAAGGAGACUCCAAUGAUGAAAACCGGGAUUUGGAUGGGACUUCACCAGGAUUAAAGCUAGCCGAGGACGCAGAGGGGCCAUGUCUACCGCCUUCUCUCAGCAACUGCCAAAGCAGUACAAGGAGGCGGAGGAGGAGGAAGAGGAUGAGGAGCAAGGCGAAGAGUUUGUCUUUGACGACAACGAGGACGAGGAUAAGCCCCCGGAGGACGAUCGAGGGGUCGCAGGCGACUCGCUUCAAUUGUCAAAGCCGGAAGUCCCAAAGACGUGCGAGGACGCGUCGCAGGCUGUCAAAGACGUCAUGCCACAGGAAGGAAGUGCCAACAAAGAUGAUGCUGAAGUCGCUGAAUCAGACAGUGGGGUCCCUGCGGCAGCCCAGGUAAUAACCUCGAACGCUGAUCCAGGAGGCGGCGAUGCGGAAACGGCGAAGGAAAGCUCCGGGGACGUCCCCGAAGCCUCACAUGAAGUUGAAGCCGAUGUCAUCUAUGACGAUGUCCCGUGCGAGGAGCCCCUCUCCCCCGAUGAAGAUACGCUCUACGAGGACGUCCAGCGGGACUCGUGCGGCCCGCCUGUUGCAGGCAACGGGUGGAGCUCCAGCGAGUUUGAGAGCUACGAUGAGCAAUCCGACGGCGAGAGCAAGGUGCCCACACGCAGCAAGCUGUCCCCCGAAGUGCGGCGGCUGAGGGAACGCUGUGUCAGGACCAAGCGUGAGCUGGCUAUGAAGCUGUCUGGCAAGCACAACUAUGACAUCAAGGUGCAGCAGCUCAUGAAGGCAGCCAGAAGCAACACCAAGGAUGGACUUGAAAAGACCAGAAUGGCUGUCAUGCGCAAAGUCUCCUUCCUGCACCGGAAAGACACCAUCGAGGUGGAGGACGACGCGGGUUACCUGGAUGUGGCGAUAUCCGACGUGACGCAUCCGCCGCCCCAGCUGAGUGCCAUGCCGGAGGGCCUGACCAGCCACCAGGUUGUCAGGCGCCACAUCCUCGGCUCCAUUAUCCAGAGCGAGCGCAGCUACCUGGAGUCCCUCCGGAGAAUCCUGCAGGAAUACCACAGACCUCUGCUGGAGGCCGACCCACGCAUCCUGAGCCCACGCAAGAUCCGACCCAUAUUCUACAGAGUCCGGGAGAUCACGCAUUGCCAUUCCAUGUUCCAGAUUGCGCUGGCGUCGCGCGUGGCUGAAUGGGACAGCUGUGAGAAAAUCGGAGACUUAUUCGUCGCCUCGUUCUCCAAAUCCAUGGUGCUGGACGUGUACAGUGACUACGUGAACAACUUCACCAACGCCAUGGCGCUCAUUAAAAAGGCCUGCCUGUCCAAGCCGGCCUUUCUGGAAUUCCUAAAGAAGAAGCAGGCAUCCAGCAUGGACCGCAUCACUCUCUACGGGCUGAUGGUGAAGCCCAUUCAGCGAUUCCCGCAGUUCAUAUUGCUCCUUCAGGACAUGCUCAAGAACACGCCCAAGGGCCACGUGGACCGCCUGCCGCUGCAGCUCGCCCUCACCGAGCUGGAGACGCUUGCCGAGAAGCUGAACGAGCAGAAGCGGGUCGCCGACCAGAUCGCAGAGACCCAGCAGCUCGCGCUCAGCGUCAGCGAUCGCCUGCUCAGUAAGCAGCUGAACCUGGAGCAGGGGUCUCUGGUCCAGUGCGAGACGCUCAUCGAGACCGUGUACGGCGAGCGGGGUCAAGUCCUCAAGUCCAAGGAGCGUAAGGUCUUCCUCUUCGACGACGUCUUAAUCUGCGCCAACAUAAAUGUCAAGGGGUCUCCAGAUAUCAGCAGCCUGGUCCCGGUCGGGCCUAAGUACACCAUGAAGUGGAGUGCCCCCUUGCAGCAGGUGCAGGUGGUGGAGGUGGGUCAGGAGGGUUGCCAGGGUAAAGACGCCGUCUUACAGCAGAGCGUGAGCAAGCGGCAAGGCGGCGCCCAAGCGUCAGGUAAAUCCAUUCUGGGUCCUCCACGGCUCUACCAAGAACUGCAGGAGCUCCAGCAUGACCUCUGUGUGGUGGAGGAGGUGACGCUACUGGUGGGCACGCUGGAGGGGACGUACCAGAACCUGAACACCACAGUGGCCCAGGACUGGUGUCUGGCUCUGCAACGGCUCAUCCGUAUCAAAGAGGAGCAGAUCCAGAGUGCCAACAAAUGCCGCUUACGCCUGCAGGUGCCCGGCAGGCCAGACAAGUCCGGCCGUCCCGUCAGCUUCAUGGUGGUCUUCAACACUCCGAACCCCAUCAGCAAGAUCUCCUGGGUCAACCGACUGCACUUGGCCAAGAUUGGGCAACGCGAGGAAAAUUCGCCCGGCUGGCUUUACGGCGAGCACGAGGGCAGGACAACGGCGCCGUUUUGGUGCCCGCUGCUGGCCUGUCACAUGCCCGUUUUUGCUACCAAGUCCCCCGAGAGAAAGCUUGAAGCUGCCAUCCACAAUCCCGUUCACUGUGCAAUGUUGGGCUUCUCGGCAGCCAGCACAUCCUUACCUCAAGGCUUCCUCUGGGUGGCUGCCGGCGGGGACGAAGCCUCUCAGGGCCAGAUCGAGAUAUUCUCCCUCAACAGGCCCGUGCCGAGGGCCGUGAAGAGCCUGCAAGUGGACGCCGCCGUCCGCUGUCUGGAAUACGUGCCGGAAGCUUCUCCCACCGAGGAGGCGGAGGCCGGCGUUCAAAAGGUCCCGUCGGGGAACGGCGCCAGCAUCUGUGUCGGAUUAGAUGACGGACGAGUUCUGGUCUACGGCAGCGUGGACACCGCGGCUCAGUGUCUCUUGACCCUCAGCAACCCCCAGGGGUGCCCGGUCCUGUGCCUGAAACACUCGCCUUGCUUCCUGUUCGCUGGUCUGCGCGACGGAAGCUUGAUGGUUUACGGAAAGAAAAACAGCGAUGAUCUCUGGGAUCCGGAUUCCCGCAGAAGCGUCAACUUGGGUUCAGAUCCGGUGCGGACCCUCUUGGUUCUGGACGAUUCGGUGUGGGCGAGCAGCGGGAACUUUGUCACGGUGGUUGACAUGCGCAGCCUCAGCACUCAGAAACUGGAAGUCCACCCCGACCCGAUGGUGAGCGUGGCACACGUGGCACGCGCCGGCGGCGGCGUGUGGAUGGCGUUCUCAGAGGGCUCGUCCAUCCGUCUCUUUCACACCGAGACGCUGGAGCUGCUGCAGGAGAUAAACGUCUCCACGCGCUCCACGCUGCUCAACACCAGUCCGGAGAGCAUGCGAGUCACCAGCCUGCUCAUCUGUCGAGGACUCUUGUGGGUCGGCACCGCCCAAGGACUCAUCGUCACCCUGCCGGUUCCCAAACUGGAGGGAAUACCCAAAAUAACAGGAAAAGGCCGGAUCUCUCUGAACGGCCACCGCGGGCCGGUGGACUUCCUGGCGGCCAUCACCAGCACCUUGUCUCCGGACCUCCUGAAGAGGGACUCGGUAGCGGACGGGCCGGACUCGGCGUGCGGCGGCGAGGAUCCCAGCGACGCCUCGUCCCAGGAAUCCCUGCAGCAGCCGGUCCGCGGCCGGGGCGUCCUGCUGCGCUACAAGCUGCGCUCCACGUCGGGGCUGCCCGGACGCCCGCUCACGGCGCUGGCCGACGAGGCCUCCGACUCGUCCCUGGAGUCGCUGGAGCACGGCGUGGAGGACGGCUCCAUCUACGAGCUCAGCGACGACCCCGACACGUGGGUGCGGGGGCGCCCCUCGGAGAAGGACGGCAGGGGCAAGGACAGGGCGGUCUCGGCCGCCGUCGUCUCCGGGGGCCGAGGGUUCCGGAGGCUCCGGGAGGGGGCGACCGCGGGGCCUCCGACCGGCGGGGAGCCUAUAGAGAACGUUCUUUUGGUUUGGCAACUGCCGUUGACUGUGUGAUUUAUAACAACACGCUUAACCUCCGGUGCACUCGCGUAGCAUUCAAGAUGAAUCGUGUGCUGACACAUGAUGGCGGGAAAGAUGUUGCCAUCAGAAGGGAAGCACUUCGCCUUGUUUUUACAAGCCCGAUUCCAAUGAAGUUGGGACGUUGUGUUACACAUAAAUAAAAACAGAAUACAAACCCGGUAAUUCCCAAAAGAUGAGGUAGCUUCCAGAGUAGCAGGAAUUUCCUAUAAGAACAGUUACAGCACAAAAGAACAGGUAUUCGACUAAAUUGCAGCUUGUUCCCAAAAGAACAGGUGAUCCCUGAGUAACAGAUAUUUCAACAAAUUACAGCUAAGUCAUAAAUGACAGGUAGUUCCCAAAAGAACACGCCAUUCUAAAAAAAAAAAACACAGACACAAAAACAGUAUUACCAAAAGAACAGGUUGUUCCUCGGGAAACCGGUAUUUCCAAACUAACAGAUAAAUCACCAAAUAACAAUCGACAUGUAUUCAAGAUGAAUAGUAUUCUUACACGUCGUGGUAGGAUGGAAGUUGUGAUCAUAAGGGAAGCACCUCGCCUUGGUUCGAGCAAUUCCGAGUGCACAGACACGAGAAUUGUCGAGCUUUGUUUGACGGUUGACAAACAGCUGGAACUCUGCAUUAGCGCCACCUGCAGGACAGGAGUAGAACGAUGCCGAACUUUGUUCAUCGCAAAUCUUACGAACUGGGCGUCACGUUUUGCGGCGUUUGCCCCGCCUGACAAAAGUGCGCCCACCUUCAUGGGAGCCCAUCUGCCUGUGGACGCCGCACAUUAGCGCCGCUCCGUGAGCGCCGCCCGCCUCUCGUUGGUCCCGCUCAAUGUGAACAUCUCAAGAUGGAACGUGCGGCCCUCUUCCUCGUCGUCUUCCUCACGGCUGCUUGCACUUGCUGAUGAACAACCGCUCAACAAACAAGCUACACUUUGUUGCACAUUUUUUUAACACUACAUUUUUUUUUAACAUUUAUCUGUCCACUAGAAUGGUUUGAGCAUGUAGCACUUGUUUUCAUCCGUGUCUUAACUAAUUUAAGUAUGAAGGAGUAUUGGGGCUACGCACUGAACAGACAAGAAAUGAGGAUACUACCAUUAUAUAACAGUCACGCUUCAGGAAUUUCGUUUAUUUUUUUCCACACUCCAUCAUUAUGUAGUUUAAACUACAUAAUGAUGGAGUGUUUAAUUACAGAGAACACAACUACUGAAAUAAUCAAAUAAAUAAAAAUAAAAACUGUGAUUGGCCGGGAACUAGUUUAGGGUGUGUCUCUUGACCACAGUCAGCCGGGAUGGGCGCCGGCACGCCCGCGACCCUCGUGAGGGUAAGCGGUUCAGAAAAUGGAUGGAUGGGAUCGCGCACAUUUUUUUAAUUUUUUUUUUUUUUACCAAAAUAAUAAAAACAAAUAAUAAAAAACUUCUUUAAGAUUUCAUUCAAAUGUAUUGAACUCAAAAGUGAAAUACGACCGAACUGUACGUGGCCAGUGAUUCUCUCCCAUAUCACUAGAGGGGGCCACAUACCACAAUUUGAGAAUCACUGCUUUUGAGAAAUAUUUGUUUUCGAAAAAAACUUUUGCCUAGCAAGUAUUGAAUGUAGCCUUUUUGACUUUUAUCUUUCUGAAUGAUGACUUUAUUCUCGAAAGAUACCACUUUCUCCCCCAUACUCCUCCGUGCAGUCUCUUCAUUUAAAAUGUGCUUAAACAACCGAACCGCCAACCUGCAGGAACGGUCGUCCAUCUCUUCAUUUUUUUUUUUUGUACAAUAUGACUUAUUGGACACUUUAUUAGGUACACGAAUGAAUGACUUCUGGCUUGCAUCGAGAGUAUUUAUGUGGAGAAUGUUUUCUUUGCACAUUACGGGCCCCUGGGCAACUGAAUAUUUUUCACGAUGGCUGCCCAUUUUAAACAGUCGUAUGCCGACAACAUUGUGGGAGUGCAUAAAUUAAGGGAAAAAAAACUUUUUUUGUGUUUGGAAAAAAAAAAGUUGGUUUUUAACAAACAAUAGUCAUAUUAUUCAAGGGCUUUUAAUUAAAAAAAUAAUUCUUUUCGAAAAAGUGUUACGAUGGAAAAAGGUUUGGGGUAAACUGGGGUAAUUUUAACAAAUGAAUAUGAAAAUUCCCCACACACAUCACCUCUUAUUUGUUUUCUCCAAAAGAAUUUUUUUUUACCCAAAACAAUUGUCAAUCCCCUCAUGAAUAACUUUUUCCCCUAAAAGGUUUGACUAUUUAUUUAUUUAUUUUUUUGUCAAAAAAUGUUGACUAUUUUGUUUUCAAAAAUAUGACUAUUUUCCUCCCAGAAAUUGCUUUUUUCCCCUUCAAAAUUAGAUUUUUCUUUCCCCCAAUAAUGUGAUUCCUUUAAAAAAUAUGACCUUUUUUUUUUUUUUUCUCCAAAAGUAUGACUUUUGUCACAGCAUCAGACCUAUAUCAGUCUCUAAUAUGUACGUCUUUUGUGGAGUUCAAACGUCGAUGUUCCGCCGUACUCGUGUGUAAUAUAGCUCGGCCGCAGUCCAUCCGCUCGUGUUUUUCCCCCCCCCCCCCCGGUCAUAUUUAUGAGAGCGCAUACAUAAACACACCCUCAUCAUUUGAUCAGGAAGUAAAAAUGCCGGAAAAGAGUCGUCACGGCCGCCGUCCGUCUUCCCGGGUAAUCACGCCACUGGAAGCCAAAGCCGGGCUUUCCGGCGAGGCGACUUAACAGCGAAGGUUACGGUGCUCGGCAUCUCCCCCUCAAGUCUUUACUUAACCUUGCCGGCGUGCGAGGCUUCCCGCCUUAUCCUUUUUCAUCAUCCAUCUAUCCGCGGGAAUCGUUCCGCCGAGGAGACGACACAAAGCCGCCUCGCCGGCUGUCAUCUAAAUGUAAAUGCGCGUAGCAAACGUACAUACGCAGAUUUAUGUGCCACGACGCCCUGAGCGCGGUCGGCGCGGAGGUGUUUCGGCUUUUCCGUGUUUGUUUUCCCGCUGCUGAAAUAUGCAUGAUUCCGUAACAAACACAAGGAAAGCUACUACUGAACCUUGCGCUUAUCUCAUCUAUGAACAUGUCGGCGUUUGUCUUGCAAGUAUUUUGACCUUUGUGUUUUAGUUGCUAACCCCUCGUGUACUGUAAAUAAUAGCAGUAAUAAUUCAAAAUGGAACUGAUUUAUUAGCUUUUCAUGUUUUUAUGGCUAGUUGUCCAACUUUGCCGCCAAGCUCUACCCACACGCAGUGAUGAAAACGCGAAGGUUUUGCAUUUUAGCGUUGCCCGUGUGUCUAGUAUAUUUAAUUUAAGAAAUUCUGAAGCCAUCAGACAAAAACUGCAAAUGGCCGCUUCAGACCAAAAUAAGUGUCUUUUCGGGGCGUGGCUUCUUCAGAGUUUUUUGUGGGUCGACACAUGAUAGACAUGUCUACCGAAUUUCAAAUUUCGAAGUGAAACUAGCUCCAGAAGCUGAUUCAAAAAAAAUAAUAAUAAUCAAAUCAAAUAAAUAACUUGUUAGUCUUGGAAUGGCCAAACUGACCCUAAAACGAGCAAAAUUGCAGACUCCGUGUGUCUUUUUGGGCGUGGCUUCCCGAGACUUUUUUUGUGGGUCUACUCAUGAUACACAUGCCCACCAAAUUUCAUAUGGCAAAGUGAUUUUCAAAAAAUUCCUUUUCCUGAACACGGCCGCAAAAUGGUGAGUUUGAGUACGGGAAUUCAAGCCCUUCCAACGUGAGCUAAUUUGGCCUAAAAAUAUCAUGAAAUAUGAAUAUAUCAAUAUAAUUAAAGCUGCGAGCAGCGAUGUAUGGGCCCUAAUAAUAAUAAUAAUAACAUGGCGACUUUCUAUUAACUGCACUGGUGUCAUUAAAGUAAAGUUGUUUAAUGCAAAGUGUUGUCAGACUGAUGUUUCCCCCCCCCCCCUUGUAAUUUAAUUGAUUUUCCAAGUUGCGGAUUUAUUUUCACACUUUUGCAGAUAGUUCGCGAGAGUUCUCCAUCGUCCAUUGAUGUCUUUCCAGAUGUUGCCAUGGCAACAGAGAGUGACCCCACAUGUUGCCUCCUGAUCUUCUAUCAGUUUUGGACGAAAUUACAAAAUCCCCACGGGGCUGUCAAGCCUCAUGAAGGAUGAAGGUCCUGUUGGUACAGUUGAUGUCAACACCCCCGACCCCCGCCCCCCCCCCCCCCCCCCA